CUAGAACACCGCAAUGGAGUCGCCCAGAUCGUCCCCGUCAGGCAGCGUGCGUCGACACACACGAAAUAUCUCCCAUCCCACUCCACAGCGGGCCACGAGAGGGCCAUUGGAGCCUGCUACAGACGAUCCGCUAGCAGACGCUUCUACAGGUCCGCCUGCACGUGAAAUUGUGUCUCCUACACCCUCUGCUGAAGACAACAAGCCGAGCACACCGCAAAUUGCCGCGCCCGUUGUCAAUCAGAAUGUCCGACCAAACGUGGACCUUCGCUUUCUGCAAGAUCGACAGAUAUACCAUUCAGUGACCACAGAAGACGUGCCAAGCGCUUUCCUGAACUCCAGCCAUCGACCGCCAGUGGACACUUCCUUACCACAACUCAUUCAAGAUGGCCAUUUCAGACGUGCAGCAGAGUUUGCCCUGCGCUCACUGUUGCAAAGUCCGCCGACAGCCGCCUCACAAAUUUUUCACUUGCUAUACACUCGUCUAGCCUGCCUCAUCCUAGUCUCGCGACCAGAUAUCGCGGCUGCAGAAGCCAUACCUCUGUUUGAGCUCACUUCACGAAGCGCGCCAGGUUCCCAGCAGAUCGUAGAUUUGAUACCGUGGGACCUUCGUCUGCUGCUGGUCCGGCUGCAAACCAUUGGUGCUGUCGAUGGUGGCCGUAGAGGCAUCAUGGCAUUGUAUGCCCUCGCCAGCGAAGUCCGCGCGAACAUCCGAUUGGCGCAGAAGGAUGGGGAUGAUUCGGCGAUAGAGCUCUGGAACACGAGACUACGCGACCUCGGACUACGUGUCUCCGAUGCACUCGUGGAGAUGGGUGAAUUAGAGAGCGCCAUACGACAUCUCGACACCUUGCCAGACGUGGAAGCAGAUGAGCCGUCGUUCAGGAAAGCCAUCUUGCGCACUAGAGUCGGCGAUGUCGCAGCCGCACAACGAUGUGCAUCUGUGAUUCAGGACGACAUGAAGCGGCGAGAAAUUGAAACUCUGCUCAAAGUCGCUGACGGCGACCAUGAUAGUGCGCUGGCAAGCUGGCAAGCACUCGUCGAGGACUUCCCUGGGCGCGAACAUUUUGCGCUCAAUGCCGCGGUGUCGGUUUUGUACAUUGGCCAAAUUGCCUCUGCACGGAUUAUGCUGGAAAGGUUAACCCGGGAGGUACCGGCAUUCUCGACCGUCUUAUUCAACUUGAGUACCGUCUACGAGCUUUGCACCGAACGAGCACCGGAGAAGAAGGCUGCGCUCAUCCAGCAAGCUGCGACGCAUCAGCCAAAUCCCGCAAGUGGCGGUUGGGAACGUGCAACGUUUGAAUUCAAGCUGUAGGGACCGCCGUCAAACGCUACCCUCGGUGCUGUUUGAUGCCCAACAUGCAUGUGUUUCUGCAUGCAG